ACGCGCAGACGAUAGUCCGGCAAGCACACGUAAACUCUUGCAACUGCGUCUUGAAGACCUAGCUCAUCUGGAAACUGACAGAAGGUGCGAGGAAAAAGUUUCGUUUGGACGAAGAACGAAGGAACAACAGGUUAAUGUUUGUGUUAUGUCAUGCGCGCCGCCGAUAGUAAAGGACCAGCUCCUCCUUCCCCGCCUCUUUUUUCCCAACUUCAAGCUAGUGAAUCAGCUUCAGCUUUAGAUAAUUCUCAGCAUGUUUACAGGAAAAGAUAUCAAGAAAGCCCAAUGAGGGUGGAAUCUUCAACAAUGUCCGAUCCCUCCUGCGGCCUUCACAGGGCAGCACUAGGAGAAGAAUGUUUGGACGAUGAGUGUGAAGAUGAAGAGAAGAUCAAAGAUCAUCCUGGACGUCGAGAAGAGGAGGAGCGGAUGACGCAAUCCCCCGACACGCUCCUUGGCUCCAUCAAUUUGCACAUGGAACUCGCAACGAAGAAAAGAGAGGUAUCUCACCUUGUAGAUGAGAUGCAACGACUUCAAUCAAGCAUCAACAAUUUGAAAGAAAUUAGCACAUCAAAAAUAUCUCAACUUCAAGACAUGGUAACAGAAAAAGAUAGAGUAAUCAAGGAUCUCGCUGAAAAGCUACUUCGUCAGCAAGAUUACACCGAUUUAAAAAGAGAACUACGACUUUUAAAAGCUCUUGAUAUGGGAGGUUGGCAGGCUUGGGGCAAUGAUCAAGCUGAAGCAAAUUCACCGACCAAUGAGAAAACUCCUUCUGAACCAGCUGACACAAACGGAGCUAGAAUGACACCUCCAUCGGAUGACGAAAGUGUUGGUGGUACUGAAGAACCAACCUCGGCAUCCACUCCUCCCUCUGUGUCUUCAGUAGUCGAUCAGGUGGAUGUAGUAUCAACAGAGCAAUUGCAACGAUGUCUUCGUAUCAAUGUUGACAGAUUCUGCGGGGAGCCUCUGAAUACACUCACCAUAUCAAGGUGCGUGCGCGAGCUGCUGAGUGUCAACAACAUUGGACAAAGGCUAUUUGCAAAGCUAGUCCUUGGGUUAUCACAAGGAACGGUGUCAGAGCUGUUAUCGAAGCCAAAGCCAUGGGACAAACUCACUGAAAAAGGAAGAGAUUCCUAUAGAAAAAUGCAUGCUUGGGCUUGCGAUCAACACUGUGUCCUUCUGCUGAAGUCAUUACUUCCCAAAAAAGGCAAAAUUUCUAUUCUUCCUUCCUUUUGUCGAGAUGGAUCAUCAAAAGCUGAAAACGAAGACCGCAACCAACUAAUCAACUCUGAAUCUUGUCCUCCUCCUCAGUCUUCAACAGAAGACAACAAUAACAAUUCAGAAGUACCACUUCCAUCUCAUCCACAAACUCCGCAUAAGGACGUGAGACACCACAUGCAUCCCAUGGGACAUCAUCCAAUGUAUGCAGAUGUUAUGAACGGGUCCAAGGCAGCCUUUUGUCAUUAUGGUCCAGAAUUUCCUCCCGUAAUGCUGGCUCACAUAUAUCAAGAGGAACUCUUAAAGCUCAUAAGCAAACGUAUGAAGGAUGGACAACCCGAAGAACAAGCAAAACAAGCACAAGAUGAAAUUCGACAAGCUCUAGCCAUCUAUCACAGGGAACUGACGUUAUUAGCCACUCAAGGAUCUCACCACCCUGAUCCAUCAUGCCAUUCAUGUCCAUUGCACCGGAGGCCCGAUUGUGGUAUUCCAUAUUGCCGAGACCAGCCAUCUUGUUGCCUGCCACAUCCUCAACAGCAGAACACGCAUGAACAUGGUAAUUUCUUCUCAUCGGAUGCCAUGAAGGUACUUUCUCCUUACUCAGGAGCUUCACCAUUAAUACCUCUGCCACCUGAAGGACAACAAACUUCGAACAGUGAGGAAACUUCGCCCUUACAGCGAAUGCAGUCCAUCACCAAUUCAUUGCUUAAUCAAGCAGCGACACCUAGCUUCAGUACUUUACCUCAAAGACCGAUGAAAGCAGUCUUACCUCCAAUCACUCAACAGCAGUUUGACCACUAUAACAAUCUCAACACUGAAGACAUAGUAAAAAGAGUGAAAGAACAAUUAUCCCAGUACUCUAUCAGCCAGCGGUUGUUCGGGGAGAGUGUCUUGGGACUGUCGCAGGGCUCCGUCUCCGACCUGUUGGCCCGGCCCAAGCCCUGGCACAUGCUGACACAGAAAGGUAGAGAGCCCUUUAUCCGAAUGAAGAUGUUUCUCGAAGACGAGAAUGCCGUUCACAAAUUAGUCGCCUCUCAGUAUAAAAUAGCUCCUGAAAGACUGAUGAGAAUGGGAGGCUAUGGCGGCGUGCCUCUACCACCAGGAUCAAACAGAUUUAGCCCAGUAAGCUCUGCUGAACCAACUUAUCCCAGCCAUCGCCAAAUCACUUCAAAACCAUCCCAUCCUUCAUCUCCUCAGCCACCCUCUACACCUGAAAGUCCAUCUGCACCUCUCACCGCUCACAGUCCAUCCGGCAGUGCUGCCUUGCCAUCAAGUGGAAAUCUGAAGGGGUCCGGCAUGCCUGGUCGAAGGGGCAGUCGCUGUCUUGCCCCCUAUGUUCAACCGUCAGUUUAUGAAAUGGCUGCUGUCACCACAGAUUUGGACACUCAGAUCAUAACUGCGAGGAUUAAGGAAACUUUAACCGUCCACAAUAUUGGGCAAAAGUUGUUUGGUGAGGCUGUUCUGGGCCUGUCUCAAGGCUCUGUCAGUGAGCUGCUUUCAAAACCAAAGCCCUGGCACAUGCUCAGCAUCAAAGGCCGGGAACCUUUUAUUCGAAUGCAACUAUGGUUGAACGAUCCAACAAAUGUUGAGAAGCUUCAAGCCAUCAAGACAGAAAGACGCGAAGCCAAUAAAAGGAGACGCAAUGCUAUGGAUACAGACGGUCCAUCUCCUCUUUUACCUUGUGGAGAGCAGCCACCAUAUCCGAUUGACCCGAUAUUCCUAUAUCCCUCAUCUGCAAAGAAACCCCGAAUCCUGUUUUCCGAGGAACAGAAGGAAGCUCUGAGAUUAGCCUACAAUUUGGAUCCUUACCCAAGUACAGCAGUCAUGGAAUUUUUGUCUUCUGAGUUGGGCCUAUCUAUCCGCACUAUCACCAACUGGUUCCAUAAUCACCGGAUGAGACUGAAACAACAGAACCAAGAACCAGAACCACCUCCUUUUCCACCACCAGAAAAUACUACUUCAUUCGAUCCCAUCCGGUUCAGAUUGUUACUUGGGCAGAGGUUGGCAGAAAUGUGCAAGAACCAACAAUCAACGGCGAAUCAGCUGCUUCCUUAUUUCUCAGAAGCUCAGAGGGUGUUCUGCCCUCCACCAGGAUUGUCUGGAGUUCCUCCAAUGAUAGAAAAACCAGAUUCAGACAAUACUUUGGACUUGAGCGUAUCAAGAGACCAAUUUCCACCAAAAGAAGAAAAGAUAGACAAAGUCGAUGAAAUGGAUAAAAGAACACCUCCACCAAGAACGGCUUCAUCCACACAAGCGACACACUCUCUGGCAAUUGAUCUAACCCCUUCGGCAGAUAAAAGUUCUGCCACUUUUGAUACCAGAAUGUCACCUAUAGUUUCUUCCUUUGAAUACACCCGUUCUACGAGUGUGAAAUCUUCAUCUUUAGACCUCAGUUAUUCAACACUCCAAAGACUAGCAAACCAGGACAUCCCUUCUAGUACAACUAAUAAUUCAUCGCGUAAUCCAUCACCAGAUAUCGAGGCAAUACUUCAGAGAACUGCAGCCAGGCUUAAUUUCACUUCUAGUUCAGUAUCCACCGAUUCACCUGUAGAUUUACGCGAUGAAAAACGGCCUAGUAUUCCACCUCCAUCAAGCAGUGGUAGUAGCAACCGUCGAAAACCUGCUGCACCGCAGUGGGUUGAUCCAGGAUUAGACUUAUCUCCAGAUAGUGAUUUGUGUGGCUUUGACGACGACGAUGAUGAUGAUGAAGACAAUGAUGACAUUUUGACCACUCAAGCGACUAGUGCAAAUCAAGUUAUCAAUGGCGUUUGUAUUCGCCAAACGAACUUCACGCCUCAUCACUCUACAAUGGACCCUGCAUUGCGUCUAGAGUCAAAUCAAAUAGCUUUUUGUAGUUCGGUCAAAAAAGAAGACGAUAAAUCUCGCUUUGAAAGGGAACAAAAUAUUCGAAGACUAGAACGGGCUAUAUCUGAAAAUGAAGCUGGUUGGGACGAUAUUAGUGACGAUGAUGACGAUAUAUAAAUUUGUUACAUUUGUGAUAUUUGUUUUUUGAGUGAUGUGAAAUUGAAUGCGCCAUUGAGUGAUAUCAAACGGUGUUCAGUGCAACUGAGUAAUAGUGAUAGUGCACCAACUGCAGGAAUGGAUUGCAUUAAAUACUUGCUAACAUUCAGAUUUUAAGGGCUAUGGAACGCUUCUAAUAGCCUAUAUAAAAUGUAUACCCAAAACUUCCAGUUAAAAAUAUGACAGGGUUAAGCUUCGCAUGCAGAUCAAAAUCAUGGAAAAUUUUACAGAAAAUAGCAUACAAAUAUAAACAAUUCGAUAUGUAGAGUGCAUUUAUAUAUUGUUAUCUAAAUAAUCACACUUUAAAAUUAAGCCAAUAUUAACGUUUUAUUCACAUUAUUUCUUCGAAUGAUAAAAACGUUUUAUACGGAUUGUUAAUGUAGCAUUAAAAAAACUUAACGCUGCUACACUUCAGACAAUACCGAAAUGAGCAGUGAACAUUUGACCAAACUUAUAAGCUCAAUCAUAAUGAUCAAACAUUUUGAUCUAGAGGAAUUUCUUUAGAAAGCUCUUUUUUCCUUAUCGGAAUUAGAUAUCAUCCUGUACUUAAUGUAAAUACACAGCUUCAAGAUGUUUUGUGGUGUUGAUUUUCACUUUACGUUUUUCAUAGUGGCGAGUAUUAAUUCUUUGUUGUUCGCCGAAUCCUUACUCGACCCAAGAACGCGGCAUUAGCUGUGAUAACCGUUAAGCCUUCAAACCCAACUCAGAAAACGCAUAGUUCAUCUUCUUUGCAUGCAGUAUAAAAUUAAAGGUUCAUCUUAUGGUGGUCUUUUGUGAGAAAUGAAAAGAGAGACGGUCUUCAAAUAUUUGUAUUAUUUAUUGUGUUUGUUGGCUUUUUGUAACACGUGCAAUCAUACAUGUUUCAUCUAAUGAAUCAUUGUAUCUCUAUAGAUUCGAAUACCAAACGAAGUGAAGGAAAACUUAUCCUUAUUAAAUUAUAAUUUCUAUUUCGAAUUAUUAAAUUAAAUUAAAACAGAUUAUAUUAAGGAUGUUUAAGCUAUCUUUUAGGAAACAUGCGCUUGUAAUUUAAUUUUUUUAAUUUGUUUAUUUGAUUAAAACGAUUUAAAAUACUUAAAAAAAUUUUAACAAAUUUUAAUUAAUGUAAAUUUAAAAUGUUUGGAUUAAAAACCAACUUAUGCUCGUUCUUUUACAAACCUUUUUGCAGACACAAUUGCCAUACUGUGAGAUCUAUUUCGGGAAGCCUUCAUGAUUUCAAAAAAAAGUCUAAAAAAAUUAAGGAUUUUUAUUUCUUCACAGUCAAGAAAAAAAAAUUGGACAAUAAUGCGAGACUAUACGAAGCUAGGAUCAGGUUUAUAGCCUGAGUUGGAUGAAAUUUGCACACCUGACCUACAAACCCGAUCUUGCUCUAUCGAACAUGCCCCUUUGUUAUGAUUAUGUCAGAGUCAUCAAGAAGCUGUUUUCGAUACAAUGAAUAAACACAGCAGGUUGUGAAGAAAUGAAAAUCUUUAAUUUAUUCGACAAUUUAACGGAACUUUUUACUUGAACGAACUUAACGAAUCGGCAAGUGUAUUAAUGUUAGUAGCAACGAUGUAAAAAAAUACUAUUUUUUGCUAAUCUUUUUUUUCUGUAUUAAUGCUUUCCUAAAGGAAAAAAAAAAAGAGUAAAGAAACUUCUGUCGGAACUGCACUUGUUUCUUAUAAUUCCUAAUCAAAUUAAAUUUACCUGGUAUUCCCUUAAGUUGUUUUAAUUUAUUUGUAAUAGUUAAAAUGAUACGUUAUCCUCAGAUUCGAACGUAAGGACAACUCAAUUUCAGAAACCCUUCCAAACUAGAAAAGUCUUUUUCAUCAAUUUAAUAUUUUUUGCGUUUAAUUUAAAUUCUAUUUUUAAGAACAUACUAGA